UAAGGUUCAUUCACACCUUCAAAAAUCUCACCCUUUCUAUAGUUUUGGUUUACUUUUCCUUGCACCCAAAAGCCUUCUCCUUCUCUUGUUCAACCUUCACACAACCACUACAUGCGUCUUUGACUACAAUUGCUUCAUCAAGUUCCAAUUUUCUUGGAUACCCACUAUUGCUAUAACUCCCUUGGUGUUGUUUGUUUUGGUGGGUAUCUCUAUUUAUUUGGUUUCAUUGUCUUUUGAGGCAAUUUUCCAUCUGGGGUGUGUUUUGUAGAAUUGUUGUUGUUGAGUUUGGUUUUGUGAGAGAGAAUGGUUGGUGCUUUAUCUGUUGUGGGUUCAUCAGUGAUGGACUCUCACACUGGUCCAUGUUUGUGUGUUGAUGCGCUUCCCACAACAAGUCUCAAUCUCAAGAGUGGUGGAGAUGUUGUGUUGUGGAAGAACUUGAUGGGAAGGAAGCACUUGACGAGGCAUGGUGGUGGAACUAUGAAGUUGAGUAGUUCAUUCACUGAUCCUGGAAGAGAGUGGAGGCUCGUUGUUAGCAAAAGUUGCAAGAAGCAGCGUAAGGAUAGGAGAGUGACCAUUGUCAAUGAACUUGGAGGCCAGUAUGAGGAUACUUUUGAUGAUGUUAAGACGCAAAUGCUCAACUAUUUCACGUACAAGGCUGUGAGGACUGUUCUUCAGCAGUUGUAUGAGAUGAAUCCUCCACAAUAUACGUGGUUCUACAACUUUGUUGCAUCAAACAAACCAGGAGAUGGGAAACGUUUUAUUCGAUCACUUGGAAAGGAGCAACAAGAGCUUGCUGAAAGAGUGAUGGUAACACGGCUUCACCUUUAUGGUAAAUGGGUGAAGAAAUGUAACCAUGCUGAGAUAUACAAAGAAAUCUCUGAUGAAAACUUGGAGUUAAUGAGGGAACGGCUCAUGGAAACAGUAAUAUGGCCCUCAGAUGACACAAACACAGAAAAGAUUGGCUGAUAAUUCAGGGGCCAUUCAUCUUACUUUUUCCUUUUCUGUUUUCAACCUCUUCCUAGUCUAGGUAUAAUUUUUGUUUCAAUUCAAUCUGUUUUGUUUCAAAAUGUGUCAUUUUCCCUUAAUAGAAUUCUCAGUUUUAUGUAAAUUAUGUAUAUAUCUGUACCUUGUUAAAUACAAAAUCCGUUAUAUAUCUGUUAAAAAGUUUGGGCAUUUGUUAAAAAUGUUUAAACCGGGAUCUAGAUCAUAAGCCAUGUCAGCUU